AUGUCUCAUCACAACGCAUUGAUCAUCACUGCUUGUUUAUUUGCAAUCUUGUUGAUUGUCAAUUAUUCUACUGCCAUACAUCCUCGUUCUAUACUGCCAGCAAUGGUCAACCAAAAGGAUUACCCAACUUCUUGCUGUUUACCAAGAAAAAUCUCCUUGAAGGGAAGUACAAUGCAAGUAGGCUUUGCUGGUAAUGAAACCAACACAUACUUUGCUACAUGGACCAUCAAUGAUGAUUUAGAUAAUGGAAAGGCAAGAACAGAUGUGACCAAUAGCAAUAUUGCACCAAAUACUACUAUAAUUUCAUACAGAAAUGGCCAACUUACUUAUUCCUAUACUAUUAUUUGGGGACAAACAUGUUUCUGUGUGAAAACUGCUCAGAACAAUUGGUCCAAUAACUAUUGUACUAUUGGAAAACUAUUGGAAGAAUCAAAUAUUGGCUUUAAUAAGGCACAAAAAUAUGGAACUGAGACAAUUAUGCAAAGAGGAGUCGAUAGAUAUAUCAGCACCGAAUAUUAUUGGACACUUCCUAUUGAUCAACAAAGUUGCGUUUUUGCAAGUUAUGUUCAAGCAAUUACUCAACCUGAGGGAAGUUUCUCAAAGAAUGUACAAUUUUCUGGAGCAAGUUAUCAAUUAGAUCCAAAACUUUUCACAAUUCCAGAUAGUUGUCCUCCAGAAAGUCAAUGUCGUACUUACUAA